CCGCACAGUACGCGCCCAGCGGCUACGCGGUGUCGUUGUCGCCGCGCCGUCAUCGUACAAUCAUCGUCGUUUCCUUCGUCGUUAAACAGUUUUGGUGCGCGCAAACAUUUUAUUUUCUCUCCCGGUUUUGUGCGCCGACGCGUCGUCGGAGCGUCGCCCGGAAUUGCAUUUUCGUCCGCUGUCGCUCCGUUCGUUCUCUGCGUGCGUUUCCGCGCGAGGAUACACGAGGGCGGCCAGAAAGUGUGACCGUCGAGUCGCCGGUCGGAUUUUUUUUCACGACAAAGACGACUUGACUGUCGCCGUCGUCAUCCCCACCUGUCGGGACGCAUCUCUACGCACCGAUACGAGGAGUAGCAGUAUGGUAUGAUACCACUGGCUGAGAAUUCCCCCGAAACAUGAAGAAGCAUCCUCACAUCCUCGCGUGCGUCCUCUUCCUGCUGCCUGUGAUAUUAGGCCUCAGCCUGCAGGAAGACGACUUGGUCUUCGACGAUGCCGGCGAGGAGAACGACAACGACAAGAUGCCCGCCGGCCCCAGUCUGUUGAAUCAUCACACGAGUCGCGGUCGGUCCGAUCACGAGCACGGAUCCAGAAACGGAUGGAGACACUCUUCUCGCGUCGAGAGAGCAUGGGGUGUUCCGGACGCCGUCGUCCCGAUUGGCCACGUUUUUAAGAUGAAAAUACCGCGCCAGGCUUUUUCGGGAAACGUCGAUUUUUACGAGAUUCAAGAGGCCGUUAGUCACGCUCGUUUUCCGCGAUGGAUGCACUGGGACGACGCGGCGUUCACUCUCAUGGGUGUUCCGUCGAAAAAAGACGUGGGCACUUAUCAUUUGAGCAUCACGGCCGUCGGCAAGCACGGCGAUACCGCGAGGGAUCAGUUCGUCGUGGAAGUUAUACCCGAGAAACAGGAGGAAGUGAAACACAAGGACGGCGGGACUCAUUGCGACGACGGAGAGGAGCAAACGAUUCUCACGAUUUUGUUGAAUGCGCGACUGGAGCAACUGUCGCCCAACGUCAGAGUGGAUGCCAUCGAAAAUCUCGCGGGAUUUCUCGGAAUGCACACGAGCGCGUUUUCGAUGCAUUCUCAUAACGUUAAGGAUGCUACGAGUGCUUCUUGGUUUCUGAGCGGGCCUGGGAACGCCAGGCAUCACAAAUACAAAGACAAUCACGUGACUUCUAUCCAGUGGCAGGUCGGGUGUGAGGAUCACUUGUGGAAGUACCAGGAACAAUUGGUGAAGCAGUUGCGGGAACAAGCGAAGGAUGGUACACUGGCAGAAGUUCUGCAGUUACCUGUGAUAUCAUGGCACGUGAAAACAGACUCGAAUCCCGUUUUAAGGAAUAGGCGAGAAACUGGUUCCGGCGAUUGGGGCGAUGUAGAUGACGAUUAUGGUUACGACGAAUAUGAAGAAAAUUACGACGAUGAGGAAGACGAAGAAACCGACGACAACAACGAGCAAGUGCAACCGACUUUCAUGCCAGAACAUCCGCACAGACAUCAUCACGGAGAAGAGACGAUUAAUUGGAACAAGGAAAACUUUGACGAGAAAGAGAUAGUACCGAGAAUGAGUCAAAGCGAAUUAGAGAAUAAAACAACUUCGUCUACGACAACUACUGAACUUACAUCACCACCACCAUCAACAACUACAAGCACCUCUACUACUCCCACGACGACAACUACAACCACCACUCAAGCCGCGCCAACGACUGUAACUACUACUAGUAGCACCACAACGACUACCACAUCAGCCGAUAUAACAACAACAACAACAACAACAACAACAAGUAGUCUCACCACCGCUGUAGCUCCAUCGAUAGAAUCCCCGAGAUCGGAGGUUACGGAUGAGGAGACGUCGACGGAGAAAGCGAAACAUGUGGAACACGUCGAACCCAUUACCAUUUUACCGACCAUUGUUCCUUCAGACAUUACCACGACUUCUCUUCCCAUAACCACCUUACCACCUUUUAGCACAGCGGCCACCCAGACUAGCGAAUCCGACAGAAUUGAGACGGAGAUUGUCGCCGGUACAAUUAACGUUACGACGGAAGAGCCGGAUCAAAGCACAACUUUGAUGAGAGAACCAACAACUGUACCAACAUCGAACGUUGUCGUAGACGUUAACACUACCAUUUCGCCUGCAGUAACGAAUACCGUUUUCCUCACGCCUGUAAUCGCAGCGAAUGAUACAACUACAACAAGCGCGAUAUCGUCAACAUCCGAUCUUCGCACGACGUUGAGCACGACACCGUUGAUUAAUACCACAACCACUACAACAACCACCACUACACCAGCUUCCACUACCACUACCACUACCACUACCACUACUACUACUCCAGCUCCGACGACGAUCACAACAUCUCAGGUUACUGAAAGUAUUGAAUACGGCCAGACUAACUUCCCGCCGAGACGUGACAAGAGAUUAAAAAAAAUAGCCGUGACUGCUGGUAAAACGUUGAGUUAUGUCAUACCAGUCAACACCUUCUCUGAUCUUGAAGACGGUGAUACAAGGAAUCUGAAGCUGAGCUUGUAUUUGGAAGAUGCACCACUCAAGACAAAUCACUGGCUUCAGUUCAAUCAACGUACUCAAGAAGUUUACGGACUGCCGCUUGAAAACGACAUAUCAACCUGGAAUUACGUAUUGGUGGCUACUGACAGCGACGGCGCUAACGUCACCGACAGUCUUGACAUUCAUGUUCAGCAACACAAAUCCAGCCGUAGCGUUAAUCAUGAAUUCAGCAUGAAUUUGAGAAUCGACAAACAAUUCCCGACGGAUGUUGAUUGGGAAUUGAAGGUAAUUCGAAGUCUGGCUGUACUUUAUGGUGACAGAGACACAGACAAAAUCACAGUUCGUGCCAUCAAUACGCAAGAUCGCGAACAGGUCAUUUUCAUGUGGACUAACGAUAGUCUUCCAAGAAGCAGCGAGUGUCCAAAAGAACAUAUCAACAGAUUAUUGCGCGUACUCGUCAACAGUGAUGGGGACCCAUCACACAGUUUAAGAGCAAUUCUCGCUCCAGAAAUCAGAGUCAAGCGCGUUACAUAUCACGGUAUUGGACAAUGCGAAGAUAUGAAUCGUCCCGAGAUACCAAAAGUCUCUACUGAAGAACCGAAAAUUAAUCGGCCACCGAUACCGAGAAAUCAAGUCGAUAUCGUCAAUGCAACAGUCGGACAGUUGCUCGUAUUUAAAGUGCCAGAGGAUACGUUCUUUGAUUCUGAGGAUGGAUCUUCGCGUAACAUGAAGAUGUCGCUUUUGACAAUCGAUCGAACACCUAUUGCAUCUCACGAAUGGUUGCAGUUCGACAGCAAAAAUCAAGAAUUUUACGGCGUGCCAAUGGACAACGAUGUUGGCCGCAAAGAAUAUCAGUUGGUAGCCACUGACAAAGAAGGUGCGAGCGCUACAGAUGGACUAGUCGUUGUCGUUCACCCGGCAAAAUCGAUGAAACACACAGUAGAGUUCUCAAUGACGCUUGAUAUUCCGUAUGAUUCCUUCGCGCACUCCGCUCUUCAGAAGCGUAAUUUCGUCGAGAAGCUGCGUGAUCUCUACGGAGACAGAGACACGAGCUCCAUUUCGUUGCACAGCAUCACGAACGGAAGUACUGUCAUCACAUGGUACAACAGAACCUUGCCCGAGUCGUAUUGCGCUCACGAGGAGAUCAACAGAUUGCGGUCCGUGCUCGUGAAGAGCGAGAACGAUAGACGUUCCGUGACGGACGAGGUGCUAGAAGUGAUGGGCACGAAAUUUCCUGUGAAACAAAUCACGGUGAUUCCAACGGGAAUUUGUCUUGGUGAAUUAACGGGCAUUCACUCACCGGACAGUCAUAUUCCACCGGUGGAUGAUUCCAAAACUGUUGGCACAUUUCAUGACGAUUAUCUUCUCACCUUCGUUCUGCCAGCUAUCAUUAUAGCCGCCAUGCUUAUAUUGGCUGGUAUUGUCGCUUGCGUGCUACACAGACGAAGACGUAGUGGGAAAAUGAGCGUCAGCGAACAAGACGACGAGCGUCAAAGUUUCCGAAGCAAAGGAAUUCCCGUAAUUUUCCAAGACGAACUGGACGAAAAGCCGGAUCCCGGAAACAAAUCGCCUGUUAUUUUAAAAGAGGAAAAACCACCACUACCACCGCCGGAGUAUCAGAAAGCCGAAGACGGUGCCGACAUACCGAUGCUGCCGAAAGAAAACUCCGAGGAACCGUACCAACCACCGCCGCCGUUCGCUACGAAUCGCGACACCAAUCGACAAAAUCGUCCCAAACCAACUCCGACGUACAGAAAACCGCCCCCUUAUGUGCCUCCCUAACAAAAUACAGUCCACUCGCCUACACGCAAAUACAUGCUAGCAAUGCUCGGAGAUUCACCAGUACACAAACAAAACCAAAUCACUUAUAAAAAACAAUCUCGAAUUGGCGAUAAUGACGAUGAUAAUCGUGGGACUCUGAGCUUUUAUAGCGAUGUUUGAAAGAAAGCUCUUCCAUUCAUCCGGUAUGACAAUAUACUGUUUUGCGAAGUGUGAAUGGAAGAACUUCCGUGAGAACCAUCUUUCUUCAAAUUUCGAAUUUUACUUAUUUUACAUACAUAUGUGUAUGAAUACCGGCACGUCUUAUUAUUAGCGAUUUAAUCGGUAAUGUAUUCAAAAAAAAUGGACUUCAAGUCACAAGACUUCAACACAAACUUAUAUAUUCAUGAAUGACAUUUUCUCUUUCUCGAUCAUCUAUAUUUCACGCGACAAAAAAAAAAGAAACGACUUUUCUAGGAAGUAUGGGAAUACAAAUCACGUGUUGCCUUUCGUAAAGAAUGCAAUUAUAGAGAACGAUCAACUGUUCCAAACUCGAUACGCGAAUUUAGUUUAGAUCGUUGUAGAACCGAGACAGCGAUAGGAUAAAAAAAAAAAAAAAUAAAAAAAAAAAAGGACGUACUUUAUUCGACUCUGUAGUAUUCGAGACAGCAACGAUACUCAUAAAUAAAUAUUUCAAUAAGCAGUGCCAUUUAUUAAGCAAUAAGGGUAUCCGACUGUGAAUAACAACACGCGCGUACGUGUAUAAUUAUUAACUGCGGUUCUACGGAUUUAUUUCAACUACUGUUUACUACCAGAUACACUAAAAAAGGACGGACUUAACGAAGUACAUUGAUAUGAUGUACCUUACAGCUUAUAACACUGCCAGAAUGACAAAACGCCACGAUUUAUCGCCAAGCGAGCCGAAUAUGUGAGAGGGAAAUUUUCAGAUAUAUAAUGUAUGUGUAACAUAUAUAUUCUUUUUCUCCCUAUAAUUGUUUCUUUUUUCAAAAAUCCUCUAUUUAGAAUAUUUCGAAUAACGAAACGGAAUUACUGACGAAUAAACUGAUAAACUGAGUGUAAGCUCACUUGGCGAGUCUUUAUAAUAUAAGAAAAGAAUAAUAUUGAAGAAAAUUACAAAAAAAAAACAAUGUUUUUGAAAUAUUAUUUGAAAACAAAACAAAAAAACGAUUGUGUGACACAUCUCAUGCAAUGCCGUUGCAAAGUGACAGCAAAUGCUUCCAUUGGCACUGUAGGCCGUGCAGAUAAUUUAUCUCAGAUAAGGGAAACUAAUGAUAAUAUUAUAUUAUAGAUAUACAAAUAUAAAUAUAUAUAAAUAUGUAAUGUAACUAAUUGCCGUUCGAUAGAUACCAGUCUGCAGUUAUUUAGAAACAGCGUAAAAAAAACAUUACUGCCAGACCAAUCAACCAUUUGGUAUUUACUUUUUACUAUAUUCAAAAAAAAAAGGGAGACCCACAUUUCUGUUCUACGCACAAGUUUACACGCUUUUACACGGUUUCACGUAUAUAUAUGUGCAUAUAUUUUAUACGUACAUAUAUACAUGUGAAUUCGCACAAUAAAUUUUUUUAUUCCUCGGAUUCACAUUCAUAUUGAACGCGUACGAGUUAGCAUCGAAAAGUUAACUCAGGACGAGAAAAAUACUACUAAUGCGCACGUACAUAAGAAACGAGACUAUUAAUUUAAUUUAGACUUUACAUAGUUACCAAGCCAAAAAUAAUUACUAUUUAAAAAAAAAGAGAAAGGGAUAAAGUAUAAUAAGAACGUAUUUGUAAUUAAC